GACUUUGUUCAGAAUCUUCUUUCCCUGAGAGAGAUGCUAAAAUGCUGGAACAAGAAGGAAUUUGGAAACACACAGAAGCUGAUUCAGAAAUUAAUGCAAAAGAUCCAAAUUCUGUUGAGUGGCCCUUGGUCUGCGGAAAUAGCAAGUGAAAUCGCUAUGCUGAAAUCAAAAGUGGCAGACUUAUGGAAUCAAGAGGAGAUUUACUGGGAGCAGAAGUCAAGAAUUGAUUGGCUCAAAUGUGGUGACAAUAAUACUAAGUUCUUUCACAUGUCUACAAUCCAGAGGCGAUGUCGUAAUAGGAUAACUUGCUUAAAAACAGGGUCUAGUGAAUGGAUUGAAAACGAGGAAGAAAUUGGGAACUAUUUUGCUGAGUUCUACAAUGAGCUUUUCUCUCACUCUGGGUCUAGGAAUUUUGAUGAAGCACUUUGCUGCUUAGAAGCAGUUAUAACAGAAGAAGAGAACAAAAUCUUAAUGGCUGAGAUCUCAGAAACAGAGGUUAAAAAGGCUGUUUUCGAACUGGGGGGUUCUAAGGCCCCAGGACCGGAUGGAUUCACUGGAGUCUUCUAUCAAAGAUGCUGGGAUAUUGUGGGAAACCAGAUUCCUUUGGUUGACAUUCCGGGAAACUAUUUGGGACUGCCAAUUGUUUGGGGAAAAUCAAAAACCCAGGCGCUUAAUUUUGUCACUGAUAAAGUGAAGAAGAGAAUUAUGGGUUGGCAGAAAAAAUUUCUAUCGGAGGCAGGAAGAGAGGCUAAAUACUUUCCUGAUGGAGAUUUCAUGAAUGCGAAAAAAGGAAAACGCGCAUCCUGGUUGUGGUCUAGCAUUAUUGAAGGCCGAAAGGUGCUGAAUGGUAAUGUGUGCAAGAGUAUAGGAAAUGGACGUGGGACCCGUAUCUGGGGUGAUCAUUGGCUGGCUGAUAUUCCGGGCUGUCCUGGCCUCUACUCUCUGGUCAAUAUGGAAGAGCAGAAACAGGUUCUUAUAUCAGAAUGUCGCCAUUGAUCCUGUCUUUACCUUUAAACAAGCAGAGGAGUUGAUUCAGGAAUACUGGACUGCUAAAGGCUGGAAUAAUGCUACGG